AUGCAGGACGGCGUCCACUCGGCUGCGGGCAUGUCCUUCGCAGCAGCCGUGGGUGUGGUGGCCCGGGCAGUGCUGGGAAGUGGAGCAUCCUGCUCCCGUCCUGAGAGUCGCCAACUGGUGAUGGUCUUGACCAGCCGAAGGCCACUCGGGGGCAAUCGAAGGACAACAAAAGAAGGAUCCAGUGAUUUGAAAUUCCAGAACUUCAGUCUGUCGAAAAAUAGGUCGUGGCUUCGCGUCAGCAGCCCCCCAGGUCAGUACCAGGCGAUCAAGGAGCCGCUUCUGGAUUGCGAAGGGAACUUUGCUGCCUCCCUGGAUGGAAUAAAAGCCCACAGAGACGACGAAUACGAGGACCCCAGGCUCUGUGUGGCAGAGAGGUGGCGACCCGUGAGGGUCGUCCAGACCAGGCCCAUCAAGGAACCAGAAUACGCAGACACUCGCUGCUUCCAGGCCGUGAUGGACGCUCCCUUUGCCCGGGACAGCGCGGCCUCUGUCCCCGCGGACAGAGAGGCCUGGAUGGCGCACGUGAGGCUGGAAGACGUGAGCAAGCCCACUUCCCAGGACGCCAGAAGCCACCACGGCCAAGGUAAAGCCCCUCACGACGCCUGGCGAGUUUAUUCCUUUGCCUCGGGCUCCUCGUGUACCGACCACUGUGUGGCCGUGGGGGACGCACGCAUGAAGAGAAGCCAGACGCCGCUGCCGCCGCCCCGGCCGCCGACGACACUCCCAAAGAAGUACCAGCCCCUGCCCCCCGAGCCGGAGAGCUGCUUCCCCCUGAGACACACCUUCCCGGAAGCCCAGAGGAGGCCCAGACAGAUCAACCUAAAGAACUUAAGUGCGAGCUUACAGUGUCGUCUUGGCAUCCCCGUGCCCGAGUCCAGCGCCAGGCCUGGCUUUCAGGUUCCCACUGAGACACUGGCAACGCUCCAGCAGGCUCCUUCUCACCAGGGGAAACCUGAGUUGUCUCACCUGUGGCCAAACCAGAAUACUCAAGAGGUGCCUGUUGCAGUUACCAGCUCUUCAGUCUUGACGAGCAACGACAGUGUCCAGAGGAGGGAUCACAGAGAGGGCGCGCAGCUCUGUGCCCCUCAGAGAUGUCCGUCUCCCGCCAGCCGCAAGGACCCCGAGAGCCUGCUGUGCUACAAAAACGCAAGCUGGAGAAGACCUUCCCCGGCAAGGUGUGAGGACAAGGAUGCUCCCCGCAAGGAGUGGUACAUUGGGGAAUACAGUCGCCAGGCCGUGGAAGAGGCGCUGAUGAAGGAGAACAGGGACGGCACUUUCCUGGUCCGAGAUUGUUCCAGCAAAUCCAGAGCAGAGCCCUACGUGUUGGUGGUGUUUUACGGGAACAAAGUCUACAACGUGAAGAUCCGUUUCCUUGAAAAGAACCAGCAGUUUGCCCUGGGGACAGGCCUCAGAGGAGAUGAGAAGUUCGACUCUGUGGAAGACAUCAUCGAGCACUACAGGUAUUUUCCCAUCAUACUGAUCGAUGGCAAGGACAAAUCGGGGUUCCACAGGCAGCAGUGCUACCUGACCCGGCCCCUCCCGCCCGGCAGGCUGCACCCGCCCUGGUAG